AUGGAUAUUGUACAAAUGAAAGUCUGCUUGCUUUUUGUACAGGGGUCAGCUGGCUUACCAGGAGAAACUGGGCCAUCUGGAAGCCCCGGUGAAAAGGGAGAGCGAGGCAGUCCAGGACCAGUAGGUCCUCCUGGGGAGAAAGGUGUCAUGGGCUACCCAGGACCCCCAGGAGGCCCUGGACCUGUGGGGCCAGAAGGAUUACCUGGACCUUCAGGUACAAGAGGACCACCGGGGCCACAGGGACCUAAGGGAAGAAGAGGGCCAAGAGGCCUAGACGGUCCUCCAGGAGAACCAGGAACACAAGGCAUUAAGGGUUUGCUUGGGCCUCCUGGAGCCACAGGAGACAGGGGACCAAUGGGAGAGCCGGGUCCAAGAGGACAACCAGGGGAUGCUGGCCCUAUUGGAGAAAUGGGUUUUGAGGGACCUCCUGGCCCUGAAGGAGAACCUGGCCUGCAGGGAGAACCAGGCACAAAGGGAGAUAUUGGACCUGCUGGGAAGGCUGGAGAACCAGGCAACCAAGGUUUAAGGGGUGAACCAGGACCUCCAGGAGAAGAUGGUGUUCAAGGAAAAGAUGGCCCAAAGGGCCCUGAAGGAACACCAGGAAAUCCAGGUCAGAGGGGCCGUACCGGAAAGAAGGGGGAAAAGGGACAGCUUGGCCCUCCUGGAGAAAUUGGACCUACUGGUGAUUCUGGCCAGCCUGGAGAAAUUGGUCCCAAAGGUGCAAGGGGAACUCGGGGUCCUUUGGGACACCAAGGAGGAAUGGGACCCGAAGGAGAGUCAGGAAUUCCAGGUUAUGGGGGUCACCAGGGUCCUCCAGGGCCCCCCGGACCCCCAGGACCCAAAGGAGAAAAGGGUUACCCAGGCGAAGACAGUACAGUCUUUGGACCACCUGGGCCCAUAGGUGAACCAGGUCCUAGUGGUGAACGUGGAGAUAGAGGAGAACCUGGUGAUGAGGGUUACAAGGGUCAUAUAGGUCUACCAGGGCUUAGAGGACCUAUUGGACAACAGGGGCCUCCAGGAGAGCCAGGUGAACUGGGAGAGCAAGGACCAAAAGGAGAAAGGGGUUCAGAAGGACCCACAGGAAAGAAAGGAGCAACAGGUCAGACAGGAAAACCUGGAAUUCCUGGAAGACCAGGGCCAACAGGGCAGAAAGGAAUAGUCGGAUACCCUGGACCAGGAGGUGUUCCUGGCAACCCUGGCAAGCCUGGGCUGUCAGGGAAGCCUGGCCCUAAGGGUAAUAAAGGAAACUCAGGCUUACCAGGUCUGGCAGGUUAUCCUGGAGCUCGAGGUCCCAAGGGAUUGCCAGGCAUUCCAGGGCCCAUGGGAGCACCUGGACUAAAGGGUGAGAAAGGGCUUCUGGGUCAUCCAGGAAAGCGAGGCAAAAGAGGCCUUCCAGGAUCACAGGGUGACCAAGGACCAGCAGGAGAUGCUGGACUGAAAGGACAGACUGGAGAAGAUGGAGAUCAAGGUUUGAUGGGGUUUCAAGGAUUUCCAGGUCCAAAGGGUCCUGCAGGGGACAUCGGCUUAGUUGGAAUUCUGGGCCCAAAAGGUCCAACAGGCCAAGUUGGAUAUAUUGGCCCUGUUGGUCAAGAAGGCAUAACAGGCCCAACUGGCAGGCCUGGACCAAGAGGUGAAAAGGGCACAAGGGGUGAAAUGAAACAAGUGGACAUCAAUGCUGCUGUUCAAGCUUUGAUUGAGUCAAAUGCUGCACUGCAGAUGGAGAAAUACCAGAAUACUGAAGUAACUUUACUAGAUCACAGUACAGAGAUAUUCAAAACGCUGCACUACCUUAGCAAUUUACUGCACAGCAUCAAGAACCCCCUUGGCACACGGGAUAACCCAGCACGCAUCUGCAGGGAUUUGCUUAACUGUGAACGUAAAGUGGCAGAUGGAAAAUACUGGAUUGACCCAAAUAUUGGAUGUUCUUCUGAUGCAAUUGAAGUUUUCUGCAACUUCACUGCAGGUGGUCAGACAUGUUUAACACCACUGUCUGUGACAAAGCUGGAGUUCGGCGUUGGAAAAGUGCAGAUGAACUUCCUUCAUUUACUGAGCUCAGAAGCAACCCAUAGCAUCACAGUUCAUUGUCUGAACACACCAACGUGGGGUUUAAAUAAAGCAGGUGGACAGAAAACAUCUGUUAGCUUCAAAGGAUGGAAUGGACAAAUAUUUAAAGCAAAUACGCUACUUGAACCGAAGGUGCUUAUGGAUGAAUGCAUGAUUGAAGACGGCAGCUGGCAUAAGACACAGUUCUUUUUUCACACUCAGGACACUGAUCAGCUUCCAGUUGUUCAAGUUAAUGCACUUCCUCAUCUCAAACCAGGACAGCAGCACUUCGUAGAAAGUGGUUCAGUGUGCUUCCUUUAAGGUUUUUUUCCUGGGUUUUUU